UUUUGAUACCAUAACCAUUGUAUUCAGCCGACUAGUUACUGGUUUAGUAACUAGAAAACUGUAAAAAUAUCUAAUUUCUCGAAUAGACAUUUUAUAUUUCGUAGAAAGGUAGAAAUAAUAAAUUGUGUAGAGUUAAUUCCGGAACCGGGAAAUUUGUCUAGUGUGUCAAAUAGACAGUUUACAUGGAGGAGCAACUUAUAAACGAAUUAAAAAAUGUUGGCUACGAUGGUCCUUUCUUGGACCAAAAUUACGCUUCAACAGCAAUUACCGCAGGAGCCUCUAGCUCCGAAUUUCAAGAAUUGAUAGUUUGUUUGACGGAUGAAAUCCGAAUCUUAGGAAAAUUAGAUGAGAAAAUUACAAAAAGCGACGAUUCGAGUACAUUUGUGCUUGAACUGUCUGCGUUUUUGAAAGAGUUGACCUGUCCCUACGCUAGUCUCACAUCAGGUCACGUUUCAGAUCGCUUGCAAACAUUCGAGUCCAAAAUGGUUUUACUAGAAUAUCUUAUUACUGAACUGAUGGCAUUCAAAAUGAUUGAAUCGCUCAAACCGAAAGAGAAAACAAAUGUAAUCACAUUGUUCGAAUCUCCAACAGCGGCUGCCCUUAAAGAUAUUUCGAUUACCCUCAGUAUGGGUAAGCCACCUAAUAAUAUCCCUGCGAAGGUGUUAUUCGAAAAGAUCAAUAUUCGUCUGGACGAUACGAUUAGAGUUGCUGGCGAGAAGCGAUUGAGCAGUCCACUGUUUGCUCCCAAGAAAAACCUUACGAUCGAGCAAUGGAACAAGUUGGAACAGUUGCAAAAAGAUCUGGAUACGGAAUACGACUUGAGAAGGAAAAUGUUACUCACUCGAUUGGAUGUAACAAUACAAAGUUUCAGAUGGUCCACUCGAGUGAAAGGAAAAGAAGGACAAAUGGUCGAAAGAUAUGCGGAAAAAUGUAAGCUAUUGGAUUCGUUGAAAACCGGAGGACGCGAUACGGAUCUUGGGGCCCUGUUAGGGGUUAGGGAAACACUGGCAAUUAUAGAGAAAACUAGCAGUGUAAGUGUGCGGAAGAACACAAAAAGUAAAAUACAGCGACAUAUUAUCGGAAGGGUUCCGGAUCGUGGCGGACGUGCGUACGAGCAUAAUCCACCUCCGCUAGAAAUGCCAUCAUGGCAGACACAGAGAAACACCGGCGGUCAGCGUGGUGGUUUUAGUGGUGGACGGGGCGGUCAACAAGGUCGCGGUGGAGGAGGUGGUGGUGGUUUUCAGCAGCAAAGUUAUAAUCAAGGUGGUGGAUACAACCAAGGCCAACAGCAAACUGGUUACUAUCAAGGUCAGCAACAUAGCGGAAACAACCAGAGCGGAGGUUAUCAGCACAACCAAAACCGUAGUGGUGGUGGGGGUAGCGGACACGGAAACCGUGUUCAGGGCGGAUGGUCGCAGCCUCAGAAAGAUAACAACCAUGGUUACCACAGUGGUAACAGCAGUUUUGGUUCAGGAUCUAAUCGCGGGUAUACAAGUAACGACCAAUACAGCAAUGGCUCUGGUGGAUCCAGCCAUCGCGGAGGGGGAACUGGAGAUCAGCAGUAUGGUCGGAACAACAGUUUUGAUGGUAAUAGAGAUCGUGGAUACGACAAUGAUCAUCGCGUUGGCGGACGUGGUGGAAAUAACGGAGGUGGUGGUCGUUCCAACUAUAACCGUGGUGGCCGUCGCUGAAAUCUACCGCAACAGAGCCAGUUGACACACUUUCCCCCUUUCCAUAGCAGGAACGUUUAAUAAUUAUGUCGAAAGAUAGUUACCACCGCUGUGGUGAUUUAAUGAAAGACUAAAAUUAUAAAGAAACUUUCAAUUUAGAA